CCAUACAAAUAAUGUGAACCAAAGACUGAUCUGUAAAUGUAUUAAACACAUUGUGAAGCUCAUCUCUGAGUGUGUGUGCUGUGUUUACUGUAGGGUUCCUUGUGUAUCUACAAAGUCCCUGUAUCGGAUGAGGCUUACAGAGAAACGGGAUUUGAUUCCAACAUGGGCAUGUUCCAGAACAUCCCACACAACGAUCCGAUUAACAUCCUCGUCCGGGUCUAUGUCAUCAGGGCCACAGAUCUGCAUCCCGCAGACAUCAAUGGGAAGGCCGACCCAUAUAUCGCCAUCAAGCUUGGAAAUUCAGACAUCAAGGACAAGGAGAACUAUAUCUCUAAGCAACUCAACCCUGUGUUUGGAAAGUUUUUUGAUAUUGAAGCGACGCUCCCAAUGGAUUCUACCCUCACUGUGUCCAUCUAUGACUGGGAUUUGGUGGGAACCGAUGACCUGAUUGGGGAGACGAAGAUUGACUUGGAGAACCGUUACUACAGCAAACACAGAGCAACAUGUGGAAUCAGCUCCAAAUAUGCAAUUCAUGGCUAUAAUGUGUGGAGGGACCCACUGAAGCCAACGCAAAUCCUUGCCAAACUCUGCAAAGAUGGAAAAAUGGAUCCACCCCAGUUCGGCCCGGGAGGAAGAGUGAAAGUGGCAAACAGAGUUUACACGGGCCCAACUGAAAUUGAGGAUGAAAAUGGACUGAAGAAACAGACGGAUGAGCACCUGGCUCUUGCUGUACUAAAACACUGGGAAGAUAUUCCACGAAUAGGCUGCAAGCUGGUUCCAGAGCAUGUGGAGACGAGGCCUCUCCUGAAUCCUGAUAAACCUGGGAUUGAGCAGGGGAGAAUUGAGAUGUGGGUGGACAUGUUCCCGAAAGAUAUGCCAGCACCCGGACCCGCUAUUGAUAUUUCACCUAGGAAGCCAAAAAAAUUCGAGCUCAGGGUGAUCGUGUGGAACACAGAUGAAGUCGUUCUGGAGGACGAUGACAUUUUCACAGGAGAAAAAUCAAGUGACAUAUUUGUUAGAGGAUGGCUGAAAGGCCAACAAGAAGACAAGCAAGACACAGAUGUCCACUAUCACUCGCUGACCGGAGAGGGCAAUUUCAACUGGCGCUUUGUUUAUCCCUUCGACUACCUACAGGCCGAAGAAAAGAUCGUAAUUUCAAAGAAAGAGUCCAUGUUUUCUUGGGAUGAGACUGAGUAUAAAAUUCCUGCCCGACUGAAUUUGCAAGUGUGGGACGCGGAUCAUUUCUCUGCAGACGACUUCUUGGGUGCAAUCGAACUUGACCUGAAUCGAUUUCCUCGAGGUGCAAAGACAGCGAAGCAGUGCUCCAUUGACAUGGUGAUAAAUGAGCAAGAUAUGCCCAUGGUCAACCUCUUCAAACAGAAGAGAAUUAAAGGCUGGUGGCCGUUUGUGGCCCGUGAUGAAAAUGAUGAGUUGGAAAUUACGGGAAAAGUAGAAGCAGAGCUUCACCUGCUGACAGGUGAGGAGGCCGAGAAGAGUCCUGUUGGUGAAGGACGCAAUGAACCAGAGCCUCUAGAGAAACCAAACCGUCCUGACACAACCUUCCUGUGGUUCCUUAGCCCGCUAAAGGCAAUCCGCCAUCUCGUCUGCAACCAAUACAAGUGGCUGGUCAUCAAAAUUGUGUUGGCGCUGUUGAUAAUAGCAAUGCUGGGCUUGUUUCUGUACAGUAUGCCUGGCUACAUGGUGAAAAAGCUUCUAGGUGCUUGAAAAGCUUUUUCAAUGCCGGCAAUAUUUGAUAUUACUUCAACACGAUCUCGCCUGGAUGAUGUUUUUGUUUGUUGAAGUCAUUUAUUUUGUUAAAAAAUCAUUACUGUUUUAAUAGACAAAGCCCAAAUGAGAACUUAAAGUUCAUCAAAUCCUGACAGGAGACCAAUGCACAUUUUUUGGGGGAAAUGCUAUCAAAGUAUUUGCAGUUUUGGCUUUUCAGAUUUUGAGUGUUAGCUGUUUGUGUUUCAGAAAACGUACAAAACCUAAACAAAUGUAGAAUUUCUCUGGACAUCCAAUUCUGAUGUAAAAUCUUUUUUUAAAUCAAUUCAUUCGUUUCUGGGGUUAUCAGAUUGUUUGAAGUUAUAUUUCUUGACUGAAGGAUGUUAUUGUGUGCUUUAAAUAAGUCAAUAAUAAUGAUAAUAUAUAUAAAAAAAACUAAACAUGCAUUUUAUUUAUUAACAGUUGGCGAAUCUUUUCUGCUCCUAUACUCGAGAACCAAUCCAAUGGUGAAUUAUAUUUGAACACAAUUCCUGUACACUCAAUAACUAGCAAUAAACAGGCCCGUUUAAAAUCCAUUCAUAAACAUUAAAUGAACAGCCAUCUUUGUUCUCCAUUAGGGGUUCAACACUCAGGUUUUGUUGAACAGCUACUCUUGCACACGAGUCCACGCAUGAGCACUAAUGUGGACCAUUACACAUGAAGGCAUUUUAAUUAUUGCUUUGAACCUGCCAAAAGUGCAUGUCACCAAUGAGACAAACAUGUAAAAAUUGUCUAUGUUUACAAUUUUUAAAAGCUUGUUCAAUGGUUUUCUCCCACCAGCCGCCCUGACAUUACAAUGCUGUGGUUCCUUAGCCCGUUUAAGGCCAUCCGCCAUCUCAUCUGCAACCAAUACAAGUGGCUGGUCAUCAAAAU